AUGUUCAUCCUCAAUUGGUUCUGGGACGUCCUCUCUUCCCUCGGUCUUAUGAACAAGAGUAUGCGCAAAGCUCUUACCCUCCUCCACAUGCUCAAGAACGACCGUCUUGCUACCCUCCAGCCCACCCUUCACCCCACUUCUGAAGAACUCGCCAUUGGCAACGUCAAGUUUACCACCUACGAUCUUGGUGGACAUUUGCAAGCCCGACGAUUGUGGAGAGACUACUUCCCUGAAGUAGACGGUAUCGUCUUUUUGGUAGACAGCGCGGACCCCGAGAGGUUCUUGGAGAGCAAGGCCGAAUUGGACUCUCUCUUGUCUAUCGAGGCUCUCGCCCAAGUUCCUUUCCUCAUCCUCGGUAACAAGAUUGACGCCGUUGGUGCCGUCUCGGAAGAGCAGCUCAGGCAUGACCUCGGUCUUUACCAGACCACCGGUAAGGGCAAGGUCCCUCUCCGUGACAUCCGACCUAUCGAAGUCUUCAUGUGCUCUGUCGUCAUGCGACAAGGCUACGGUGAAGGUUUCCGAUGGUUGAGUCAAUACAUCUAA